CGAAGGGGGUUGGUGUUCCAUUAGCAUCCAUAACAUAUUUUACUUGUUGGCUCUCGAUAGUAGUAGUAGUCGAGGGAGAGAGGGGGAGAGAGAGCUCCACAGCCAAAUCUCCAUGAGCUCCAAACCCUAGAGGAGCGCCUCUCCAACGCCAUGGCCGGCCAGCAGCAGCAGGCGUCGUCGUUGUUCGAGGCGGCUCUGCAGCAACAACAACAACACCAACAACAACAGCAUCAUCAUCAGCACCAGAUACACCAGCAGCACAUGCAGCAAUUGCAACAGCAACACGCGGAUGCGUACACGUUUUUGGAAUUGAACACGCAGGGGGAUGACUACGAGUUCCCUGGGUUUACGGCGGAGUCCCUGAGUAGCCAAGGACCGCCCCGGGGAAGCGUGGGAUUAGGAGGAGGAGGAGUAGGAGGAGGAGGGUUAGGAGGAGUCGGUGUGAGGGCGGAGACGGCGGGUGAGGAUUUGGUCGGGGGGCUCGGGAGUCCAAUUAGUGUAGGCGAUGGAAGGGAUUUGGUUAGCGGGAGUGCAGGGGACUUGAUCGGAUUGAGUGGAUUGGGAGGUGGCGAGGACGGGAAGAUUGGAGGCGGGCAUGUGAGUGGCGUGGCUGGUUUGACCUCAGGGAUUAGUGAGCUGAAUUUUGAAGACCCAGGGGAUGAGGAUAGCCUCGACUACUCGAAGCGACACCUGCCGGAGCACGCGUGCAAGUACUGUGGGAUUCAUAAUCCGGCCUGCAUCAUGCGCUGCAACGUGCCUACGUGCCGGAAGUGGUUUUGCAACUCUCGGGGCAAUACGUCUGGGUCGCAUAUCGUGAAUCAUCUGGUCCGCUCCAAACACAAAGAAGUUUGCUUGCACAGGGAUAGUCCGUUGGGAGAAACGAUCCUGGAAUGUUAUAAUUGCGGGUGCCGCAAUGUUUUCUUGUUAGGAUUUAUCCCUGCGAAGUCCGAAAGCGUUGUGGUACUUCUUUGCCGAGAGCCCUGUUUGAGCGUAAAUGGCUUGAAGGAUAUGAACUGGGAUCUCAGCCAAUGGCUGCCACUCAUCAAUGACCGUUGUUUCCUGGAUUGGUUAGUCAAGGUUCCAUCAGAGCAAGAACAGUUGAGAGCACGACAAAUCAGCGCUCAGCAAAUUAACAAGGUGGAAGAACUUUGGAAGACAAAUCCUGAUGCUACUCUAGAAGAUCUUGAGAAGCCUGGUGUCGAUGAUGAACCUCAACCUGUGGCAUUGAAGUACGAAGAUGCUUAUCAGUAUCAAAAUGUUUUUGGUCCACUCGUGAAGCUGGAGGCCGACUACGAUAAGAUGAUGAAAGAGUCUCAAAGCAAAGACAACAUCACAGUGCGGUGGGAUGUAGGUCUCAACAAGAAGAGAAUUGCCUAUUUUGUCUUCCCCAAGGAGGAUAAUGAACUGCGGUUGGUUCCUGGAGAUGAAUUGCGUCUACGUUAUCCUGGUGAUGGAACACAUUCAGGAUGGCAAUCCGUGGGCCAUGUGAUCAAACUCACGGCUCAAGAGGAGGUGGCUCUUGAGUUGCGCGCUAACCAGGGCGUACCUAUUGACGUGAAUCAUAACUUCAGUGUUGAUUUUGUAUGGAAAAGUACGAGUUUUGAUCGGAUGCAGGUGGCGAUGAAGACAUUCGCUGUUGAUGAGACAAGUGUUAGUGGAUAUAUCUAUCAUCGUCUACUUGGACAUGAAGUUGAAAUGCAAACUGUUCGGAACACGCUGCCUCGGCGAUUUGGAGCUCCAGGAUUACCGGAACUUAAUGCCUCACAGGUGUAUGCUGUGAAAAGCGUGUUACAAAAGCCGGUUAGUUUGAUUCAGGGUCCCCCAGGCACUGGAAAGACAGUGACAUCAGCGGCCAUUGUAUAUCACUUAGCGAAACAGGGUCAAGGACAGGUUCUGGUUUGUGCUCCCAGUAAUGUUGCUGUGGAUCAACUUGCAGAAAAGAUUAGUGCAACAGGUCUCAAGGUUGUAAGAUUAUGCGCAAAGUCGAGAGAGGCUGUUAGCUCUCCUGUGGAGCAUCUAACACUUCAUUACCAAGUACGGCACUUGGACACCACGGACAAAAGUGAACUACACAAAUUGCAGCUUUUGAAGGAUGAACUUGGUGAAUUGUCGAGUUCAGAUGAGAAGAAAUACAAAUCUUUGAAGCGGGCAACUGAAAGAGAGAUCUCGCAAAGUGCUGAUGUGAUUUGUUGCACGUGUGUGGGAGCGGGUGAUCCCCGUCUUGCAAACUUUCGUUUCCGUCAGGUUUUAGUAGACGAAUCGACACAGGCAACGGAGCCUGAGUGCCUGAUUCCGCUCGUGCUUGGAGCUAAGCAAUUGGUUCUGGUUGGAGAUCAUUGUCAGCUAGGCCCUGUUAUCAUGUGCAAGAAAGCUGCCCGUGCUGGGCUUGCUCAAUCUCUGUUUGAGCGCCUUGUUCUACUUGGAGUGAAGCCUAUCCGUCUACAGGUCCAAUAUCGGAUGCAUCCAAGUUUAUCCGAGUUUCCAUCUAACAGUUUUUAUGAAGGAACUCUUCAAAAUGGAGUCACUACAAGCGACAGGCUGCUGUCUCAAAUCGAUUUUCCCUGGCCUGUUCCUAACAGACCCAUGUUUUUUUAUGUUCAGAUGGGGCAAGAAGAGAUUAGUGCAAGUGGUACUUCAUACCUGAACAGAGGAGAAGCUGGGAACGUCGAGAAGAUUGUUACUACCUUCUUGAAGAGCGGAGUAGUCCCAGCUCAGAUUGGUGUGAUCACCCCUUAUGAAGGGCAGCGUGCAUACAUUGUUAACAAUAUGGCUAGGAAUGGCUCUUUGCGUCAACAGUUAUACAAGGAGAUAGAGGUUGCAAGUGUAGACUCCUUCCAGGGUCGAGAGAAGGAUUUCAUCAUUGUUUCUUGCGUCAGGAGUAAUGAACAUCAGGGGAUUGGUUUUCUCAAUGAUCCUCGAAGAUUGAAUGUUGCUCUAACACGAGCUCGUUUUGGAAUUGUGAUUUUGGGCAAUCCCAAAGUUCUUAGUAAGCAGCCUUUAUGGAAUACUCUGUUGACUCAUUACAAGGAGCAUGAAGUGUUGGUGGAAGGUUCAUUGAAUAACUUGAAGCAGAGCAUGGUUCAGUUCCAGAAGCCUAAGAAGGUCUACAAUGACCGUCGUGUGUACCCUGGAGGAGGUGCACCUGCCUUGGGUCCUGGAGAGGGUUUUGUUCCGGCUGCCACUACAAGUGCAGCAACUGGGGCCGCUGCGAACGAUCGCCGAAAUGGACGAGCUCGGGCGGUAGAUGGGCGCAAUGGAAGUGGAUAUAUGCCUUUUGGUCCAUUGAGCAAUGGUGCCCAGAAGGGAGGUGUUUCUUCCCAAGCCGGUCUAACACCAUCUCGGGGAGUACCACUUACAGGAUUUCCAAGCACACCUCUUACUCAACCUUAUGCAAUUCCUUCGCGAGGUGGCAUGCAUGGUCCAAUCGGAGCAGUGCCGCAGGUCCCACAAGCAGGUAGUCGUGGUUUUGGGGCAGGUAGAGGCAGCACCAGCGGUCCUAUUGGUGGUCAUUUGUCGCAGCACCAAACUCCACAGCAGCAGGGCGCACUUGGGGGAGCCUUCCAAUUUGGUGGGCUCGACAGUCCUGCUACUCAGGCCUCUGCCGGUGGUCCAAUGACGCAACAGGGAAUCAUGACCCAGAUGCAAACUCAAACCCUGAGUCAGAAUUUGCGGGAUGGAUUCGGUCUUGGAGGCAUGUCUCAGGAUUUUUUUGGAGAGGAUUUCAAGUCUCAAGGAUCACAUGUUGGAUAUGCUGGACACGAAUUUGCAACACAAGGAGCUUUUGGUAUGGAUUACUCCACACAAGCCAAUCAAGGUGGAUAUGCCGGGAAUUUUAACACUCAAAACUCACAACCAGGCUACUCACAUCAGUCCAUUGGAAACGAAUUUAUUUCACAGGACUUUUUUGGUCAUGCGACAGAUGGAUUAUUUACUCAAGGAGGUUUCAAUGACCGCACGCAGGACCUUCCAUCUACCCAAAAUCAUUAUGGACUUGGGGGUCUUCAAUCUCAGGGAAGAAUGUUCACUCAGCCCUUCACACAGUAUGCUCAACCUCCUAAUUCUCAACAGCAGCAGGGUGCUCAGCGCCGGUUCAAUGGCUAGCACGAGGGAGCAGGAGAUUGCAUGUUUCCCAUGGUCUACAGCACCCUCGAAAUUAAGGAUGUAGAGAGCCUAUCAUGAGCGCAUCUUAUAGCCUUACCUUGGCUGUCUCUAUCUUGGAUGUGUUCUUUGAUCAUAGACCUACAUGAAUGCGUGCAGGAAAGAGAGCAAAAGUUGUUUGCAGGUCAUCGCAAAAGGUCAUUGUUGACUGGCUGGAAUUUUUUGAAGAUGAAGGGGAUAUGAAGAAACAGAGAUAUUUCUAUUGGUGGAUUCGAAGUGGUGGAUCUGGGUGAGUCUCAGCACCCAGUCCAGUUCUGUUGGAACAAUGUGGUUCUGAACUCAGUACAUCUAAGCAAGGCGUACAAGUAAAAGCAGUUCGGGUGACUCGUGAUAGAAUGUUAAUGAGUUGGGAUGUAGGCCUUGGACCUGGUAUCUGCAAUUCACAAUGUUUUAUCCUGUUCCCCGUCAUGUGGGUGCAAAAUUGUUACUCCUCUUGGGAAAACUACAUCGAUGUCCUGGGCGACAAGUAUCCACCUGAACUGGCAUGACUGGAACCACUAGAGUUCGCCGAAGUGUGCAUAUAUCGUACUCUAUCAGGCUUCCUUGAAACAUGACAAUCGGAGGUUCGUGGGAGUAUGUAAUGGUGCCUAUCAAAUUGCGGAGGAUCGACGAUUAUAUAUUAUGCAUGGUUGGUUCAUUGUGCACAACCAUGUAUGAUGAGUGUAAUGUCCUACAUAUUGCAAGGUGCCAACAGUCCAAUGAUCUUCUGAACAACAUGAUAAGCUCAGUAAAUGACUUGGAAGAGUUGGGUGAAGAAGGAGCCAUUCAGGUUGAAGUGCGGCAAGUGUGCAUACUUUGUGUGAAUAAAGAUAGUUUUUCCAAGGCGCUACGUUCUUGAGGCAGUUGGAGCUUGCUUUGUGAGAUGGGCUAUGUGGCUUAGGAGGUUCAUGCAAGUGUUUUGCCCAAGAGAUCUUUUGACGAUGUGUCUACAACCACAUUCGAGUUUGGGCUAGUGAUAGUUUUGGUUUUUUUGGAGAGUGUCUAUGUAAAUGUCCACAUUCAGAGAUACAUUUGACUCUUGUUCCUCAUGUAUGUGGUAUAGUUGUGGAUCCAGAUGUUUUAGUCUGGAGCAUCCUGGUGAUCCCUUAUUGUCUAUAUUUGCAAGACGUACUUGCACGUUUUUUCAAUACAGGGAUUGAUUUUAGCAGCUUUA